UUAUUUCAGCAGCAGAAGAAGAACCUUCACUGUUCCACACGUGAGACCAGCAGCAUGCCUCCAUGUGGAAAAAUCAACAGACCGAAAACGGAACUCGCUAACAACGUUUUCAAGCGUCGCCGAGUUCUGAGCCGAGAGAAGAGGAAGAGACAUCUGAUCGUCGGAGCGAUAGUGGACCAGGGUCUCAUCACCGUCCACCACCUGAAGAAGAGGAAGUCGAGCCAGCGAGCGAACAUCACGCUGUCUGGAAAGAAGAAACGGAAGCUGAUCAAACAGCUGCAGCACAUGCAGCAGGAGAAGGCCGAUAUGGAAGCCGAAGCAGCAACAGCACAGAAGAAGAAGCAGGACUCGUCAUCGGCUCCAACACAGAAGAAGAAGCAGCAGAAGAAGAAGAAGACGAGCGCGGAUGGAUCUCAGGAGGACGUGGAUAUGCAGGACAUGGAGUGAAGACGGAGAGAACGAUGGACGCCGUUCUUCUCUGAGCUGAACUCUGGAGCCCGACGGAGCGUUUCCUCUGAACAAACGUUAAAGUUUGAAUCCCACGGGAAGAAAACCAAAACCACCAGGAGCAGCGGAAACAUACUCCGAUUACAAAAUACUGAAGAUGAUUCAUUUAUCAGAGUUAUCAGUGAGGACGUCAAAACUUUGACUUGAACAAUAUCUGAUUUACUGAAUCAAACUAAAAAGUUCUAGUUUGAUUUACUGCCUUCUGACUCAGAUUAUAACUUAAAGUCAAAUCAUAAGAUUUAACAGUUUGUUUUGACCAGUUUUUAGUUUUUAGUUUUGUCAUUAUUUCCUAUUUUUUAGUUGUUUUUUUGUUUUCCUUCCAGAAAUAAACUCCAAUAGAAUCCCGUUCACUGUCACAAUAACACUUAAUGUAAAAGUGUUUUCAAAUCUGUAAAAACCAGAAUCCUUCAGAACUCUUGUUGUUUUAUUAAACAGUUCAUUACAUUUAA